AUGACCAGACUGGCUGUGUCCGGUGAGCCCAGUCCCUGCGCCAGUACCAGCCGAAACACUCCUGGGGUGGCCUCCACACAGCGGCCUCCGGUCGUCUCCUCCAGAGUUCCUUUUGUUUCUGGUGGGGAUAGGCCUUUGACCAGUGAGCCCCCUCCAAGGUGGGCAAGGCGAAGAAGGCGGUCAGUGGCCAGGACUAUUGCAGCUGAGUUGGCAGAAAACAGGAGGUUGGCACGAGAACUUUCAAAGCGUGAGGAAGAAAAGUUGGACAGGCUGAUUGCUAUUGGUGAGGAGGCCAGUGCUCAGCAAGACACUGCCAACGAGCUCCGCAGGGAUGCUGUGAUCGCAGUCAGACGCUUGGCAACAGCAGUCGAAGAGGCCACCGGUGCUUUUCAGCUAGGGCUUGAAAAAUUGCUUCAGAGGCUAAUUUCAAAUACCAAAAGUUAGGAAUUGAUUACAAAAGAGUCUCCUUCCUAAACUGGUAGAAGCCCAGUUCCAACACCUGCCUCUUGGCACCCUGGCUCCUUUUACAGGUCCUUCGGGAAAAAAGAGUGGAUGAACCGUUAAUACGCAGAGUGGCAGGAAGAUCCGUGCUAGUUGCUUUUCCCAAGCUUCUCCACUAAUGGAAAGACCUCUGGGAUGUGUGAGGAGUGGUCUAAUAGAAAACAGGUGGAGCCGAGUCCAGAGAGCUGAGCUGUGGCUUUCCCACUGAAGCGAGGCAGUUGAGUUUCCCUCUACACCGGUUUCCUCAUCUGUAAAAUGGGGGCUAGGUGGUAACUCCUGACCUGCCUACCUCACAGGGUUGUUGUGAGGAUCAAAUGGCUAAUAGAUGUGAAAGGGUUUAGAAGUUUGAAAGCACUACACACUGUACCCGUGUAAGUUAUUAAUGUAUACGACCUUGGCCAAGGUAAGGCUAGGGUGAGGCACAUUAGUUGACAAGAUAGAGAAUUGUGGUGUAUACGAUGACCUCAUUGCUUGAAUCUUCACUAGUUUAACUUGACUGCUUCUUGUAAGAUCUUCAUUUUUUUAAUUCCUCUAUAUAGCUCAUUAGACUAAGGUAGAUCCACGGAUUUGUACUUUUAUCUCUUAUGUUUUCACUGCUGUGUCUAUGACACACCUACUAGUAAGCACUCAAUGGUCAAACCGUCAUUCUCUCCAUUUUACUAGUUCUUGGUGUCUUAUCACUAUAAGGAUAUAAUUCAGAACGGACAGGGAGCCACAGUUGUGUGUUUUGAUUCAUAUUGAUAAUCUUCAAUAUAAUGAGGUAUUGGCUGUUUUAUAAAAUAUUAAAUGUAAGCAAAUUCUUUGCAUUCCAUAUCAUUUGGGUCCCUUUAUAUGCAUAAUUACAUAUCUUUAGGUUGGGUGUCAUUUGAACAACACGUGGAAACAAUUUAGAAUCUGUUUUCCAAAUGCUUUUAGCUACUUUCUUUUCUGUUAGCCUUUUUUUUCUGUCUCGUAUGUUACAGAAGGCAAGCCUUAGAAAACUUUCCUUCUAGGGAACUUUCUGAAGUCACUUUUUCCUCAUAUUCUGUAGACAGAUGUUCACUUUGUUAAUGGCACAUGGUGGAAGAGGACAGCUUUGGGAACGAUUGAGGAUGUUGUGGAUAAAGACGGCCUGCAGUAGAUAACUCCUUUUAAGCACAAAGCCCUCAACAAACACACCCCCUUUCCCCCCAAAAUAUACACACUUCCUCUAGGAGAUACGAAGGUGUUGAGCCAUACUUUCAGUUUACUUUAGAAGGAAUGCCAUUACUGGCCAUCUUAAACUAACUUAAAGCUUUUAAGUGGUUUACUUAGUACUUUCAGGAAAUACAAAUAGGAGCCUUGGAAUUUAAAAGGCUUUCCUCCAGUCUACAGGCUAAAAAAAAUAAAUAAAACAAGUGCGGGCAUGUUUAAGGAGAUUUUGUUUUACAUUUUGUAGGCUUGGGUGCUUACCUAAAAGCCGGCAAUAUAGAUAGGUAGAGAAGUAGUCAAAACACCAGUGGGAAUAUACCUGGAACCAUGAAUAGAUGGCAAGCACGCAAGCUGCCCUGAUGAACGGGUGGUGAAUGUAGAGAGCAGCUGGUUUGGUAGAACACACUGGACUCCAGUUAGAACUGGGUUCUAUCCCUGUCGCAGUUUGUUACGUCGGGCAGAUGACUUGCCCUUUUUGUGCCUCAGUUUCUUUAAAAUGAGAGAUUUGUACUAGAUGACUUUUCUAAUACCUUCCAGUUCUAAAAAAAAAUUCUGUGAUAAGCAUAACACAGGCAAAGUGAAAUUUUAAUUGCAAUGUUUUCAGUCACAGCCACACACUGUAUGUUUGAAUUAGUGGUAACAAUUGUAUUUUAAGGAAGCAUUCUGUGGUAUUAAUAUUUAUUAAUAUACUCAGCUUAAAUAAGCACCACACCAUACAAAGGUUCCUUGCUUUAAAGAAGCAUAUAUUAAGGCAGUGAAAUGGAUAUAUAUCUAUAUAUGUGCAUUUUCUCAAUUGUUUUAGGCCUUUAUAUGGAGGGAUCUGUGUCAUUUAUAACUGGAUAACACUAAUGUAGAUACGUAGACUUUCUGGAAAAACAGGGAAGUACUUGAAGAAGAGUUAGACCUGUACUAUAUUCUAUUAAGGGUAGCAAAGUGCAUAGGCAGGGAUUUAUUUGAGAUAGGAGAAGUGCUAAAAGAACAAAAGUGGAGUUAAACUCGGAAGGUAGUAUUGCGAAAAUCUUUUGGGUGAAAUAACGUUAAUGUGAGAAUAAAAUUAAAGGGAAAGUUCCUAAUGAAAUAAACAGAUAAAGAGGCGAAAUAUUGUUAAGAGGAGGCCAUGUGAGUGAGAACAAGCUCAGAAAUCCUGCCUAAGCUCUAGGCCCAGCCAUUUGUCCCUGCCCGUCCUUUGGCAGGUCAUUUUACCAUUCUGUGACUCAGGUCCUCACCUCACCACCUAAACCAGUAACGCUCCUACCUACCUCCCAGGAAUGUUGUGAGGGCCAAAUGAACAGAUGAAUGUAAAAAUACUUUCAGACACGGAAGGCACUGUGUUGUGACAGGAACGGGGAAGAAGACCCUGGGGCACGUUAGUGCUGCCGUGUGCCAGGUCCCACAGCCUGCUUUCGGUACAAGAGACCUUUAAGGAAGGACGAGGAAGAGGAAGUAGCGUUGCUUGUAGAGGUGGUGAUACAGUGGUGGGAUUAACACUGCCUCCUAACGACCAUGAUGUAAAUGAGGUGCUGUGUAUGCCAACUUCCCACCGUCCUUUGUGUUUCUGUUACAUGAUUUAAUCCUGGUGUGAACAAAUAAAGUUUUUACUUGUAUGUACUUGUGGGUCAGUCCACUGCUUUCUGGCGAUAUCUAUGACCAUUUGUCGUCACCUCCACACUCUGCUUGCUUUUUCUUACUAGCUAAUCUCCAGGGUCCUGCCUGUAUAUGGCCCUAAGAGCUUUGUGUGCUUCCUGUCCUUACAUGAGAAGGGCCCCUUUGCAGGGCAGUUGAGAAAUAAUUCUCCAUUUCUAAAAGUUAUUUAAAUUCCCUAAUACAGGCUUUCCUGGCAAAUUAUCUGGUCUUAGAUAGCUCACAGAUAGUUUGUAGAUAACAGGGUAAAUUGUCCUGGUUGACUAAAAUUCUGUUCUGAAGAAAACAACUGGUAAGUGUCAUGCUGAAAUUAUAUUGGUGCAAAAAAAUUACUAUGGGCAGACUUCAUCUUUUUUCUUACUCUUAAAAUAGUUGUGCAGGAUGUAGUCUAUAGAUUGGAUUUAGAGACAGGAAGGAAGGGGGGGAAAGCUUAGGUGAAAAGAAUACUGCACUUUGUAUUAAAGAUCUGGAUUCCAAUCCAUUCUGCCAUGAAUUAACCAUGUGACUUUGGGCAAGCUCCUUACCUGUUUGCCUAUCAAUUAUUAGGUAAUGGAGAAGGAAGUAUGAGGAAUCCUCAAGUGUUCUAGACAGAUUUCUGAGCCGCAUUAGUUCAUCUUAAACUCCUUUUGUCUUCCUCUUAUUUACACAGGUUAGGGUCCUCAGAUGUUCAGUAACUGCAGCAGAUAGUCACUAUUAAUUUUCAACUCCUCUUAUUAAAACUGAUCUCUGAAUGAAAUAGCUAUUUCACCUUGGAAGAAGAGUUGACCGGAAGGGUUUACUUUAAUUUCUAGAUGAAAUUAAGCCAAGGAUCAAAGACUCCUAUCACUGCUCAAAGGGGCAGAAGUACUUUAGUUGUUUACCUUCUUACUGGGAGGCAGCUGGUAAAAUGCAAAAAACACUACCCUGCUAGAGAAGACUGGGUACUGACCCUGCCCCUUGUUAGCUUAUAAAUCAUUGAUUCUCUAUGAACCCCUUAUCUCUAAAAUAAUAACCUGCCAAAUUAACCCCACUUAGCAGUUGUGAAGAUUGAGGUAAUAAUAGAUAAGAACAUUUUGUAGUCUGUGCAAAUUGGUAUUUUGAGCAACAUUACACCCAUUGUUAAUUUUUUCAUUGCCAUACACAUUUACUACUUUGAUAUAGGACAUUAUAGAUCCAUCGAUCUGCAGUAUAUUGCACCUUUCCAUAUAUAACAUACGUACUUCUCAGUUUUUUUGACUUCGGGUGUUGGUUCAUGUUCAGAAGCCAAGAAACAAAGAUGGUGUUAGGUAUUCUGGUUUGCCCUUACUUUGGAAUCUUUUUUUUUUGCCCUUUUCAUCUCAGUGAUUGGGUCUUCAAGAUCAUAGAUGAGAGAGAACAUGACAUAAAAUCACUGAUACUAGGAAAAAUGACCCCCCAGAUGUAUGGCAUCUCUUAAUAGCAAGAUCAGAACAAAUAAGAGCUAUUUACUUUUCAAAUGUGAAGAUUAACACUUUAAUAGAAUCACUAUAACCAUUGUAAAUACUGUAUCCAUUUAAUUCUAUUCUCUAUAUCAUGAUUUAUUAAUAUUAAGCAACUUAAUAAUUGUAUUUUUACAUUUGUUUAGUGGUAUUGAAAAAUAUAGUCUUUAUUACACAUCAACAAUACUGAUUUUAAUAUUUAACUAUCUUUAUCUUUAUGGACAGCUCUGAUGAUCCACAGGCUCAGAAAUACAUCACGGAAAGUAAAUGUUUA